ACGUUCUCAGACGGAACAUUUGUACCUAAGGACAAUUUCGUCAACUGUCCUGCAAGAGCGAUGCACCAAGAUCCCAAAAUUUAUGGCGAAAAUGCUAGGGAGUUUGAUCCCUUCCGCUGGAGCACACUCCGUGAGCAAGAGGGCCAGAAGACAAAGCAUCAACAUACUGCGACAAGUUCGAUGUACAUACCCUUUGGACAUGGGACUCAUGCAUGGCUAGUUCCAGGACGCUUCUUUGCGUCUACCGAGCUAAAGAUACUCAUGGCAUAUCUUCUGAUGAAUUACGAAUUCCGUUUUCCGGAUGGUAAACGUCCACCUGAGGAGCUUCUGGGAGAUGUCAAUAUCCCAAACACUAGGGCGAUUGUGCAUAUCAGAAGAAGG